CUGACAUUUUCACUCUUCCAGCCUCUGUAAAGCCAGCUCUCUCUUUUUGGCUCGGCUGGCUGGACCCAUCUAUCUUCGGCGAUGACUCUGCAUUCUGGAUGGUGACUCGCUUGCGGCCCACUGAGCUUUGAAAGGUGCUGAUCACAGAUUAUCAAGAGGAAUUCUGAUAAAGGCAUUUCAGACUUUCGUCGUCGUUUUUUUAAAACCUGGAUUUAUUAAUAUUAUGUGAUAAUAAACAAAUCAGACAAAUGAUAAUUCAUAAUAUUACAGUCAAACAUGGCUGAGUUUUGUUUAAUCAUUUUACUAAUAUGAAAUAUCUUGACAUUUUACACCGGUUUAGUUUACUUUUAUUUUAAGGCUUUGUGUAUUAUAUAUUUUUAACAUUCCUCAUCACAAUGCACACUUCUGUUCCACCGUCCCCCAUGAGACCAGCCGUGGCCCCAUCAGUGCAGUUGGGGGUCACGGUUCUCUACACCUGUCUUUAUGGGGGCUUAUUUCUAAUCGUAUACAUUCAGCUUUGGCUGCUUUUACUCUUUCGACAUAAACGCUGGAGCUACCAGAGUAUAUUUCUUUUUCUUUGCCUGUUCUGGGCUGCGCUUCGCACAACACUCUUUUCGUUUUAUUUCCACGAUGCCCUUGCUGCCAACCAUCUGCCCACUCCGCUCUACUGGCUCCUUUAUUGCUUCCCAGUUUGUUUGCAGUUUUUCACCCUGAGUCUCUUCAACCUUUACUUCACUCAGGAGCUGUUCAAAGUUAGAAGUGUAUUCAACAUAGAUCCCAGCAAAGGACUACGGACGGCUCGGUGUGUGUAUGCAGCCAUGAGCGUCAUUUUCCUGUGUGUCAACAUAGUUUGCGCGAGCCUCGGACAACAUGACGGUUCUGGAAAAGCUGAUGAAAACACAUGGAGUCUGGUUCUGGUUCGGGUGCUGGUGAAUGAUCUGCUGUUUAUUCUGGAAGCUGUGUGUCUGGCCACAUCUCUGCUCCUGUUAACUCGAUCCUCACUACCGACUACCCCUUAUCUACACAGUAAGGAUUUCUGUCGGACUGCGGUUUUGGGAGCCGGUGUGAUCUUGCUCUUCUCUAGCAGGGCUUGUUACAAUCUUGCGGUGCUGUUUUUGUCGAACGAUCAUAAAAUCGAGGCCUUUGACUACGACUGGUACAACAUCUCUGAUCAGGCUGAUCUUCAGAGUGAGCUAGGAGACAGAGGAUACAUCAUCUUCGGAGUUGUUCUUUUCAUAUGGGAGCUGCUGCCUACCAGUCUACUUAUCCUCAUCUUCAGAGUUCGCCAGCCUCCGCAGGAGAAGAGCCGCAGUCCUGCCAUAUUAAGCUCAAGAGGCUCACGCUCAUAUUUCUUUGACGAUCCUCGUGGAAUGGAUGACAAUGAUGAUAUGGGAUCUCUCUGGACUCGCAGCAUCAAUCCUCACAGCAGCUGGUUUGGCUCGAGUGAGACGACUCCGCUCCUCUUCAACAGGACAGAUCAGAGCAGUCGACAUCACUCUCUAUACUCCACUCCACAGACCUGACCUGACCACGAUGCGCUGCGGCAGAGAUCCUCCUCUCAUCUUCUCAGGCAACAGUACAGCAUUACCUCUUCCGGCUUGAGCAGCUCAGUAGCGUUGUUUUGCACUAAUGUUAUUAUGCAUCAGAAGCGUCUGUACUUCUGAACUUGCACCUUGAUUUAAAAAGAUGACCACAGCUAGACUAGAAGCUGAUGAUGAUGUUGAUGAUGAUGAUAUAAGGGACCAGUUAUGAUUGUUACCAAAUGUAUCUUUUUAAUCAUUGAUGAAAGCUAUUCUCUAUGUUUUACUAAAGGAUGUCAUUUUUAAUGGUUCAUAUAUAGGAGCAGUAAUUUUGGGACAAAGCUUGUGCUCUGAUAUUUCGCAAUGUGUUUUUUAAAAUAAAGUAAUUUAAUCUUU